UCUCCUCCACUUUCCUGCGGUAAAGAAACUGGAGGAAACAACGUCCGUUUCCGGUUGGCUCAGGCUGGAAGGUUGAAUAUUGAGUGUCCCGGGAGGUCAGAUUGCUGACAGACAUGGCUGCUGGACACGGACACGAACACGGACAUGGUCAUGGUCAUGGUAAAAUGGAACUUCCAGAUUACAGACAGUGGAAAAUUGAAGGGACGCCAUUAGAAACGAUGCAGAAGAAGCUUGUUGCACGAGGGCUGCGGGAUCCAUGGGCUCGCAAUGAGGCUUGGAGAUACAUGGGCGGCUUUGCAGGCAACGUCACCUUCACGAGCGUAAUAUUAAAAGGAUUCAAAUGGGGGUUUGCUGCGUUUGUGGUGGCUUUAGGGGCUGAAUAUUUCCUGGAGUCCCAGAAUGGUGAUAAGAAGCAUCACUGAAGAGAGCACCUUGUGAUGUCCCUUUCAUAAAAAUAAGAUUCUCUCACUGUAGCAUCCUUGGCUGUAUGUUGGUCUUUGAAAGAAUAGACCAACCAAAUUAGCAUGGUUUAAUAAAGUAAGGAAAACUUG